UGCGGCGCGCUCCAGUGCGUAGGGUUUCUUGGCGGUCGUAGGCGGCGGCGGCAGAGGCUAGGCGGCCGGAUUUUCCUCUCCUUAGCAGCGCGAGCGAUCUCAAUCGCCUGCCAAGAUGGUGAAAUUCACGGCAGAAGAGCUGCGCCGGAUCAUGGACAAGAAGCACAACAUCCGGAACAUGUCUGUGAUUGCUCAUGUCGAUCACGGAAAAUCCACCCUGACGGAUUCCCUGGUUGCGGCCGCUGGGAUUAUCGCCCAGGAGGUGGCUGGAGACGUCCGGAUGACCGAUACACGCCAAGAUGAGGCCGAGCGUGGAAUCACUAUCAAGUCGACUGGAAUUUCCCUCUACUACGAGAUGAGCGAGGAGUCUUUGAAAGCUUUCAAGGGGGAGCGAGAUGGCUACGAGUACCUGAUCAAUUUGAUCGACUCUCCAGGGCACGUCGACUUUUCAUCCGAGGUCACAGCUGCUUUGCGAAUCACUGACGGUGCUCUGGUGGUGGUGGACUGUGUGGAGGGUGUCUGCGUCCAGACAGAGACUGUUCUUCGGCAGGCACUGGGAGAGAGGAUCAGGCCGGUUUUGACAGUGAACAAGAUGGACAGGUGUUUCCUCGAGCUCCAAGUCGAUGGCGAGGAAGCUUACCAGACUUUUCAGCGCGUUAUCGAGAACGCCAACGUUAUCAUGGCUACUUACGAGGACGCGCUCCUCGGCGACGUCCAGGUCUACCCAGAGAAGGGGACGGUGGCGUUUUCGGCUGGUCUCCACGGCUGGGCCUUCACCCUGACCAACUUCGCCAAGAUGUACGCGUCCAAGUUCAACGUGGACGAGAAGAAGAUGAUGGAGAGGCUUUGGGGAGAGAACUUCUUUGAUCCGGCGACGAAGAAGUGGACGUCGAAGAACACUGGCUCCCCCACCUGCGUCCGUGGCUUCGUGCAGUUCAUCUACAAUCCCAUCAAGCAGAUCAUCGCCAUCUGUAUGAACGAUCAGAAGGACAAGCUGUGGCCCAUGCUCCAGAAGCUCAACGUUACGCUGAAGAACGAGGACAAGGAGCUUGUUGGCAAGCCGCUCAUGAAGCGUGUCAUGCAGACGUGGCUGCCCGCUAGCGACGCGCUCCUGGAAAUGAUGGUGUAUCAUCUGCCAUCUCCAGCCAAGGCCCAGAGGUACCGUGUGGAGAACCUCUACGAGGGACCCCUGGACGACAAGUACGCUGCUGCCAUCAGGAACUGCGAUCCCGAAGGACCCCUGAUGCUCUACGUUUCCAAGAUGAUUCCGGCUUCGGACAAGGGCAGGUUCUUUGCUUUCGGACGAGUCUUCGCGGGCAAGGUGUCCACGGGCUUGAAGGUUCGCAUCAUGGGACCGAACUACAUUCCCGGGCAGAAGAAGGAUCUGUACGUGAAGAGCGUACAGAGGACAGUUAUCUGGAUGGGCAAGAAGCAGGAGUCCGUGGAGGAUGUUCCCUGUGGUAACACGGUGGCCAUGGUUGGGCUGGACCAGUUCAUCACCAAGAAUGCGACCCUGACCAACGACACGGAGAGCGACGCUCAUCCCAUCCGGGCCAUGAAGUUCUCCGUCUCCCCGGUUGUCCGCGUUGCCGUCCAGUGCAAGGUGGCGUCCGACUUGCCGAAGCUGGUGGAGGGUCUCAAGCGGCUGGCCAAGUCGGACCCCAUGGUGGUGUGCACGAUGGCAGAGUCUGGCGAGCACAUCAUCGCCGGAGCUGGCGAGCUCCACCUGGAGAUUUGCCUCAAGGAUCUCCAGGACGACUUCAUGGGUGGCGCCGAGAUCAAGGUGUCGGACCCGGUGGUGUCUUUCCGGGAGACGGUGCUGGAGAGGUCCCGGCAGGUGAUGAGCAAGUCGCCCAACAAGCACAACCGGCUCUACUUCGAGGCCCGGCCGCUGGAGGACGGCCUGGCGGAGGCUAUCGACGACGGCAAGGUCGGGCCACGCGACGACCCCAAAGUUCGCUCCAAGAUCCUGGCGGAGGAAUUCGGGUGGGACAAGGACCUGGCGAAGAAGAUCUGGUGCUUUGGUCCCGAGACCAACGGACCCAACCUGGUGGUGGACAUGUGUAAGGGAGUCCAGUACCUGAACGAGAUCAAGGACUCGGUGGUGGCGGCGUUCCAGUGGGCUUCCAAGGAGGGCGCGGUCGCGGAGGAGAACAUGAGAGGCAUCGCGUUCGAGGUUUGCGACGUGGUGCUCCACACGGACGCGAUCCACAGGGGCGGCGGGCAGAUCAUCCCGACGGCCAGGAGGGUGAUGUAUGCGUCGCAGCUGUGCGGCAAGCCGAGGCUGCUGGAGCCAGUCUACCUGGUGGAGAUCCAGGCGCCGGAGCAAGCGCUGGGAGGGAUCUAUGGAGUGCUCAACCAGAAGCGUGGGCACGUAACGGAGGAGGUCCAGAGGCCCGGGACGCCGCUCUACAACGUGAAGGCGUUCUUGCCGGUUAUCGAGAGCUUUGGGUUCUCGACGGAGCUGCGAGCGGCCACGUCCGGGCAGGCGUUCCCGCAGUGCGUGUUUGAUCACUGGGAUAUGUUGAGCAGUGAUCCCAUGGAUCCGGGGACGCAGGCCGGGGUGAUUGCGGCACAGAUCAGGAAGAGGAAGGGGCUCAAGGAUACCAUCACGCCGCUCAGCGAGUACGAGGACAAGCUAUAAGAAACUAUCGGGGAGAGAGAGAGAACACAAGUUUUUAUAUGCUACUUUUACUUUUUCUUUUUUUGGUUUGUUUUUUGUUUUAAUUUAUUUUUCUGAAAACAAUUCAGAAUAGUUAAAUAUGAGAAUAUUUAACUGAUAUAUUGUAUUAAA